AUGGAAGACAAAAAGAAACGUGAUAAAGCAAUUAGGCCAGCUGCUCCCCCGCCCUUCCAAAGGACAGACCCGGCGGUCAAGCACCAAGAGUACCGCCGGGUAUGGCAAAAGCAGCCCCUGCCGGGCGAAGCCGACUGGCGGAAGGUGAAGGAAAGAGUGCGGGAGCAGCUGGCUAAAGGCCUGGUGCCAAAAAAAAAGGAAAAGAAACCCCCCCCCACCAAAAAGAAGCGGCGUCUAGCAAUCCGUAAUGCUGCACAGCAGUGGGAGGGUGUCAGGGCCUGCCUGGAGCUCCCAUCCACAAAUGGCGCUAAAGAAGAAGUCAGUCCAGAGAACAGCCCGGCUCACAGCCCCGCCCAGACCAAUGGCCUUACACAGGAACCUUCCCCUGAUGAACCGAGGCGGGUAAGCCCAGGUUCAGGACCAGAGCGGCCAUCUGGGGGAACAGAAAUCAGACUCCAGACCAACAGCCGUCCAAACAACCCACGAUACCCCAAGCUUGUGCAGGCAGGGAGUGGCAGUGUUCGAAGCUUGUCCUUGUCUGACAGUCACCUGGCAGAGCUGGAUGGAGACACCCUGCGUUUAUUUGGACCUGGAGCCCUGAAGGCCCUGGAGAGGCGCUGGAGUGUUCAGACUGCUGGUGCUGUCACUGUAAUAACCUUCCGCUACAUCAUCUUUGAUGCCAUAGUACCAACACUGCCACGAAUAAGAGUCAAGUUCCCAAAUCUGUCGCAUAUGAUCUUCCUGGAAACCAACAUCAGCCGUCUGCCGCAACUGGCAGCCCUGGCUCAGCUGAGGCGCCUAGACCAGCUGACCAUACACCCAGAUGGCAACCCAGUGGUCAGUUUGACUCUUUGGCGUUCCUUUGUCAUCUAUCGUCUUCACCACUUCAACCUGCAGAGGAUCAAUGGCCAGGAGGUGACCAUGAACGAUGUUAUCGCUGCAGAACGUGUAUUUGGAACACUGGGCCAUAUAGCAGCCACCGAAACUCCACGUUACCGGCUCCUUCUGCUGCUUGAGGAGUCCAGGAAGCGGCAGUUGCAGUUCCUGUUGGAGGGGCGUGGCCGGCGGGCAAGACUCAGUCCAGAGGAGCUGCGUGAUAAUGGGAAACUCCUGGGAGAAGGCCUGAGCAGAGCGUUGUUUAACUAUCCAAGCAGAGACUGCAGUGCAGAGAGCCCUGAGGAGGGCAGUGUGGAGUCAUCAGAGCGUGCUACUAUGGUAGAGCAGUACCUACAGGAGUUGGUCCAAAGUGCAUCAGACACCAACCUGAAGGGCGAGGCUUUACACAAGCUCUGGCCUUCCAUGUUUGCAGAGAUGGUGAGAGACUGUGUCUUGGAGAUGAGGGACCGAGCGGCCUUCCGCCAAGCCAGCCUGGCAAAGCUCUCUGAGACCAAGUGAAAAGGACUGAUAAAACUGAUAAAUGCUCUGGUUAAACUAAUAUGUGUUUGUGUUUUUAUGCAGUCUUAAUUAUAUAAAAAUGCAUAUUAAUCAGGCAAACUUUGUCAUAAUCAUUUUUGUGCAUUAAA